AUGAUUAAUUGUUUAUGUCAGUUUUAUUUCCUAAGUACUAUUUUAUCAUUUCCUUUUCAUACAUUUGGUACUGAAUGGUUAUCAAUUAUGUUAAGAAAAAUUCAUACGACAGCAAAUAAUGAAUCAAAAUGGUUUCCUCGUGUUGUAAUGUGUGAUUUUAUGGUACGGCACCUUGGUUCUAAUCAUCAUUGGAUGGCAGUUCAAUGUAAUUUACCGAUAAAUUUAUUUAAUGAACUUAUGUUUUUAAUUAUUUGGGCAUGGUUUAUGUUGCUUAGUAGUCUUACAUGUAUAUCACUUAUUUUAUGUUUUAUUCUUAUUUAUACAAAUAUUGGUUGUACAUUUAUUUAUAAAUAUCUUCAUAUAAAUUUAUUCAAAUCAAAAAAAGAACAACAAGAUGGUUUUAUUGAAAAAUAUUUGAAAUAUGAUGGUAUACUUGUACUUCGAAUUAUUGCUCAUAAUACAAAUGAUAUUAUCAUGGCUAAACUUGUUGGUGCACUUUUUAAAAUUUAUUUGAAUUCAAUUGAAAAAGAAAACAAUGAUGACGAUAAUGAUGAUGAAAGAUGCUCGAAUGGCCAUUAUGAACGUGUUGAUACUUCGUCAAUUUAA